GGACAUCUCAUAGACCCCCAAUUUACUUUUUCACUUUCGUAGACCCCUUGGAAGUCUUGGUAGACCCCUGGGGGAUUAUAUAAACCACUUUGGGAAUCACUGAUCUACACAAAAUAGACUUACGAUAAUGAGUGUAUCAAAGAACAUACCCCGUAGUCUUCAAGAUAUUGUAUCAAACAAUGAAAUAAAUAUUGACCUUGUUGACUUUUCCCAUGAAGAUAAUUGUCUCUCAACUUUUCUGGGACAAGAAACUAGCCAAAAAAAUGUGUAUCUGGUCUGUCCACCAACAUUUAUCGAAGACAAUGUGUCUGAUAUGAAUGAGUCUAAAACAAUAGACAGCCCAAAAUGUCAACCAGAAGUGUUUGAAGAAACCAAUAUGAUGGGCUCCCCUUUGAGACUGGAAACUAUUGCCAAUUUAUCAGUUUCAGAUUUGACCAGCUCAUCACCUGCCGCUAACAGUGAUAAUAAAAAGAAAAAAUCGAACACGCUUAGUUUGCCAGUAGCAAGAAAGCUUUUGAGCAAAUUUCUGACUGGCUCAACAUUUGGAACACAUCCUACAACAUUGCUCUGUCUUUGUGAUGGUGAAGAUAAACAGAAGACAGUUUUGAUAGGUGCUAGUAAAGAUGUGAUACAGAACAGAGUUGUCACUAAGUGUUUGUCAAUCACAUCAAGUAAAGUUCAUCAAACCUCAUUAGAAGAGAAAUCAACUUUUAAUAAAAGUCAAGAUUAUCAUAUGAAAAGCUGUUUCAAAAUCUUGGACAAGGAUGAUGGACUAGGCUCCAUUGUCCUUGAAGUGAAUUGGAGUGACAAACUGGGAAGGGUUAAAAUUCAGCAUUUAGAUUUGGCUCAGUUCAUACUUCAUGUCAGUGUUACAUUUGGCAGUGAUCAAAGUCCAGUCCACAGUCAUUACUGUAGUUUGGAGAAAGUCAAAGUGUUUCUGAACAGCCUGAAGACUGGAGAAAUCUCAGCACUGCUAACAAAUAAACCAGUGGAUGGUCCAGAAAAACUCCUAGAGCUUUUUAGUAAAAUAAAGGCUGGCUUGAUUGAAGCACAAAGUUCUUCUGAAAAUCAUGGUUUGCUUAGUGGUGUGACCAAAAUACUUCGACUGGAGCAAAGAUCUGAUUUAGAUUUUACUGACAUGUUGUGGAUUAUAUUGUCCAAGUGUCCAACUUUCAAGGAGAUUGUGCAUUGUUUAAACAUGACCUUCCUUGAAUUAAGGAAGCAAGAACUUCAGUUCUUUGUCCACUCUGACAAUCAAACAACAUUAGCCAAACUUGUCCGGCAAUCUUACUCUGGCAUAGCAGCCUUCCCCUCUUUGACAGGUCGACUACCUCUUUUAAUUGUGGCAGAACUUGGACUGGAGUUUAUCCGCAAGAACUACUUAGCCAUUUUGCUCAACAACAAGCUGUGCACUAAGGAAGAAUGGGCAUCUUUUAUUCAUGAUUUAACCCCGAGCACCAGCGCUGUAAUGGACAUGGAGGAGUUAAGUAUCAGCUUGUCACAUGGUCUCAGUGAUGCUUUGACCAAAUUGCAUCACUGCCUUGAGCUGCUUACCAUCGUGGAUGCUUUCACAGAGAGACAGGAUUUGCGUGCUAUUGUAGCAGCAGUUAUGAACUACUACAGAACAAACCAUCUCGACACAGAUAGGACCUUCAGCUUUCCCAUCACGGCUCUGCAGGCCAGUCCAGAAAUGAAUAAAAAUCCUAUGUACUCAUUUAGAAGGGAAUGUGUCUCUGAUGGGACCUCAGUGGUGGAGAAUGUUCUGUCUGAAUAUCCUGAGGCAUUGGGAAGCACAUCUUUGUCUGUUUCAAUGGAUCAAACUUCUAUUGUUGACAGAGAGUACUUUUAUUUUAAAACACAAGAAAGUCUUCACUAUUUGCAAAAGGUUUGAUUAUUAUAUUUUGCUUAAUUAAAAUAGUUAUGAUUCAUGCUAAAUUAUUUUUGACCAAAGUACAUAGUUAUGAAUAUAUCUGCAUUGUUUUUUGUAAUUUUGUACUCUAAAUUUUUAGAAAAUUGUAUCAUUUUAUUUAUAAGUAAAAUAUUGUAUAAUAUGUAACUCUAAUUUAAAAAAUAAUAAUUACAAGACAUUUUAUUUACUACCGGUAUAUUAUUUACUGCUAGAAUUAAGUUUUACUGACCUCUUUCAAACAGGUUUAUGAACCAAAUAAUUACUACGACUUUUAAUAGAAUCCUUGCAUUUUUGCAUGUAUGGAAUAAAAUGCCAUAUUUUUCAUAAAGCAAUGGUAGAACUAAGACACACAUUGUGAAAAUGAAGGAGAAAAAAUUAACUGAAAUUUCUUAGAAAUUGUAUUUAAUAAUUUGGCGACAAGAUCUAGAUCUAUUUUAAAAUUAGAAUCUUUGAAAUAAGCUGUAUAUUAAUGCAAGACUGUCCUUGUUGUUGUAUUGUUGCACACAGGCCUGCAAUAUGUGUGUGUAAUAUACAACUGUUUAUGCAACAAUCCCUUUGUGUUUUAAUCUUUUUUAUAUUCCUGGAAUGAUUUUCUUAGCAAAGAGAGAUUAUAGUCAAAUAUAAUCUGAUGUGAUGUAAAUGCAAUAAAUUUUGUUUUUGAAAAA